CCUUUUUGAUCUCAUUUUCCGGGCCAAGAUUAUUCUGCGGAGGCGCGGAGCACAGUGUUUGGGUUCGAAUUUGGAGCGAAGAAUUUGCGUUUUUAGAAGUCCUACACUUUCACAUGGCGCGCAACUCAUUAUUUUCAAAAUUAAAAUAUUUUAAUUAUUUAGUUUCUCCCUCCAUUCCUAAAUUCCAAUUCUUUCCCUAAACCAUUUACGAUUACUGCAUUCAGAAAUCACAAUCACAAUACAUUUUGAUUCUUGCUCUAUUUCAAUUUCACCUUCAGAUUCCUUCUCUCUUUCUCCCUUUCCUCAACUCUUUUCUGCGAGAUAAUGGAAACUGAAACUGAAUUGGAUCAUUUGGAAGACGAUAAUUCCAUGGAAAUCAAUAUUCCUUCAUCUUCUGCUUCUAAAUCCGACCAAAAACCCGAUGAAUUGGGAAAAGAGAAUGAAUUUGAUGAUGGGAUAGCUCCUUUGUUUUCGGAAUUUAAUCAGUUGCCUGCUAAAAGGGUUUUAGAUUUUGAUGAUAUUGGUGACGUUGGUGGGUUAUCUGAAGGUAAUGCCGAUUUUGAUUCAGAUAAGAAAAGGAAAAAUUCUGUAGAUUUAGAUGAUGGUUCUGUCAAACAGAAGAAGAAAAAGCCUGACAGUAGUCUUCCAUCCAAAACCCAGAAAUCUAACAAGGGAAAAUCAGAUCGAAAGGAGAAGAAAGAUAGAAAAGCACGUACAGCCCAGCAUGUUGAUUUCCAAAGGGUUAUGAGAGAAAGGAAAAAUGUGGGUUUUAGGCCUACACCAAUGGUUGAAAAAUCCAUUUCAUCUGUAUUGGAAAAGAUCAGACAAAGGAAGAUGGAGGUGUCCAAAAAAUUGAUGGUUUCUAAGAAGAUUGAGCUAGAUGAGGAUUCAGAGGAAGAUGAUUAUAUUACUGAGAUACUGAAUAAUAGACCCCAAAAAACAGUGGAAAUCGGCACAAGUGAUGCUUCCCUGAAUAAGACAAGUGAAGAUAAAUCCCAUUCAAUUGAUGAGCAAACUAAUAUUGAUAUCGAUCCUCCGAAGGAUGAAACAGCUCAGUCGUUUCGUGCUCCACUCAAUGACACCCAGGAUCUGUUUGUGGAUUCUGAAAAGAUUGAUUCACAAGGCGACCAUUCAAACGAGUCUAGCUCUUCUGCUCAAGAUACUGCUCCAUCAGUCCCAUCACUGAACUUACUGCUUGAUUCUGCUUUUGCUGAUGACAUAUCUUCCAGUGACGAAGAAAGUGACAAGGAGAAUAUUGAACCCCAACCAAAACCCUUAUCAAAAGGAAGUUCCACUGCUACUGCUAAUCUUGUAAAGGAUUUUUUGGAUGAGGAAGCUGUAGAAGAUGAUAGUGAUGAUCUCUUCGAAGACAAGGAUGAGGAAGAAGCUUCUGACAUGGAAGAAAACUGUGAUUACAUUGUUAGCAAUGUGGUAGAAAAGCAAAUUGAUCAUGAAAGAAACAAUCAAUAUCAUCAGCAGUGGCAACAGCAGCAAGAUGAAGCUAGAACAGAAAAACUCUUACAGAAACUAAACUGUGGUAUAAAACAGAAGGAAGCAUCCUCUCUUUAUGAAGAUGAUGCUGAUAAAGCAGAUGAUGAACGAGAUGAAUCUGAUAAGGAUGUUGCUUCUCAUAAAGAUGAAGAUGAAUCCGAUGAUGAUGUUUCUGAGGAAGAUGCAGAAGGUUAUAUUGCCUCAGGUGUAACUACAAAAAAGCUAAGGCAAAUGAUUCCACAAAUGUUUACAGAUAAAGACGAUAUGUAUGUGUCUUCUGAAGGCGAAGAAACGGAAAGAAGUUUGUCUAAUAAGAAAGUCAUGAUUCAGAAAAGGGGUUCAGAAGGCCAGACGAAACUUUUGUCUACGUCAAUGGAAACAUCUAGCGAAGUGUUUGCUCGCAUAAAAAAGCUGAAUGUCGUUACUGAAGCUAAGAAGAAAGCCAAAACAUCAUCAAUUUUCAAUGCUGUCCUAUCUGAAGGUAGCAGGAGUAAUUCUUCGAAGUCAUUUCUUCUACGAGGUCGAUCAUCCAGCUAUCCAGGGACAUCAAACCGAAAGCAAGGAUCAAAAACUAGAAGAUCUUUUAUAUUUGGACGAGACGACAGCAAUAGUAGAAGUGCAAUGUCAAUGCCUGAAGACUGCUCUGAUUUGGGACAGGGUGAAAAAGAAAAUGAAGUAAAGAAAAACAGUUCAGGAAAAUAUAAUAGGAGUAGCUCUCAAGCUAAAAGGAGUACACAAGAUAGAGAAAUGGAAGGAGGAACAUCUUCCAGUGGGACAUCGUCACUGUUUGACAUGCUCAAAUGCCCUUCGGUUAAUGAUACUUAUGAUACAAGUGCCGUUGAUCACCAAGCUCUUUUUGCUGCUUUUAAAUCAGUUAAAAAAAGAUAGAAAGAUUAUGGGAACAUCCUUAUUCCGUAUUCCUUAUUCCUAUUAUGGUGUAUGGUAUGCUUGAGACUUUUUUUGUAUAGUUCAUUUUGUGCUACUUUUAUUGAGUUUGUUAUAUUAUGCAAAUCAAAAUGAGUUUUUAGAGCGAACUACCAAACCAAAUAGAAUGGAAAAAGCGUUCUAAGCAUAUUUUCUGAGUUAUUCUUGUGAGAGACCAUUUUUCGGUGAGACAAUCUCAAAAAAAGUAGUCUAUAUGCUAAUAAUUGUAUUAAUUAGACUAUUCAAUUUAUAUUUAGAGAAUGUCUCAGAGUGAGAUCAUUUCACACAA